AUGAAGAGGAAACUGAUGUCCUACAUGAUGCAAUUGAUUCUUCUCAUUUUCUUGGUGUGCUUGUCUGCAAGAUCAGCAUUGGCUGACCCUAAUGAAGAUGAAGCAAAAAAUAACAUCACCAUAUUUACAAGAAUUCUAGACAGACUUCUGGAUGGGUAUGAUAAUCGUCUGCGACCAGGAUUGGGAGACUGUACAACUGAAGUCUUCACAAACAUCUAUGUGACCAGUUUUGGACCAGUAUCAGAUACAGACAUGGAAUACACGAUAGAUGUUUUCUUUCGUCAAAAAUGGAAAGAUGAAAGAUUAAAAUUCAAGGGUCCAAUGAACAUUCUCCGCCUGAACAAUUUAAUGGCCAGCAAAAUUUGGACUCCAGAUACAUUUUUUCAUAAUGGAAAGAAGUCAGUAGCUCAUAACAUGACCAUGCCAAACAAGCUACUUCGAAUCCAGGAUGAUGGGACUCUGUUAUAUACCAUGAGGCUUACAGUCCAGGCUGAGUGUCCGAUGCACUUAGAAGAUUUCCCAAUGGAUGCUCACUCGUGCCCCUUGAAAUUUGGCAGCUAUGCAUAUACAACUUCAGAAGUGACCUACAAGUGGACUUUCAAUGCAUCCAAUUCAGUAGAAGUGGCCCCAGAUGGUUCAAGAUUGAAUCAGUAUGAUCUCUUAGGACAAACCAUUGGGCAGGAGACAGCUAAAUCAAGUACAGGUGAAUACACAGUAAUGACAGCUCAUUUUCAUUUGAAGAGGAAAAUUGGUUAUUUUGUGAUUCAGACUUAUCUGCCCUGCAUCAUGACAGUCAUCCUGUCCCAGGUGUCCUUCUGGCUGAACAGAGAAUCCGUUCCUGCAAGGACAGUCUUUGGAGUAACAACUGUGCUAACAAUGACAACCCUGAGCAUCAGUGCUCGAAAUUCCCUGCCCAAAGUAGCCUAUGCCACAGCUAUGGACUGGUUUAUUGCUGUUUGUUAUGCAUUUGUAUUCUCAGCCUUGAUAGAAUUUGCCACUGUAAAUUACUUCACAAAAAGAGGAUGGGCGUGGGAUGGAAAAAGCGUAGUCAAUGAUAAGAAAAAAGAAAAGGCAUCUGUCCUUAAGAAAAACAAUGCCUAUGCAGUGGCGGUCGCCAAUUAUGCCCCCAGUAUCACCAAGGACUCAGUUCUCCCAACAAUUUCCAAGAGUGCCACCACUACAGAACCCAACAAAGCAAAGCCAGAUGCCAAGCCACAGGAAGCAAAGAAAACAUUCAACAGUGUUAGUAAAAUCGACAGGAUGUCAAGAAUAGUUUUUCCAGUCUUAUUUGGUACUUUCAACUUGGUAUACUGGGCAACAUAUUUAAACAGGGAACCUGUCUUACAUGGUUUUGCUCCAGCACACUAA